AUGGUGUCGCUGGGCGAGUCUGAGCCCCUCGUCAAGACCGACGUCCUGGACGCGAUCAUGUACGCACAGACGCCCGAGGACAGGGUCCUGUUUCCGGACAAGAACAUCGUGACGGCCUUCGUCAACCGCUCGCUCAACACCGAGGACGCGUUCCCGGGAGCCGCAGUCGAGCCCGGGAAGGGUGUUAUCUUCAUGAACAGGAACGGAGGCUGGAACGUAGAGGUGCACAUCUACGCUAAGGAGCUCAUGAUCGGCGACAAGUUGGCAACCCGGUACGGCCUCAAGUUCACGUGCGGGGAGAUGGUUGUGUUGAUGGACACGGAGACGAGCGAGAAAUUCAGGCCUAAUCUACUCAUCAGUACAAAGAACCUUAAUAAGGGGCUCGGUGGGCAGGUUCGACACAUGAGCGCGUGCAUGAGCCUCUUCGAGAGCAUCGCCUACUUCAGGGCCCUGAAGAUGCCGGUAGGCAAGACCGUCUACACGCGUACGGCCGAGCUCAAGACCGAGCCCAAGCUCAGGAGCGCUUACCUCAUCAUCGACAGGCAGAAGAUGGCACCCAGUGGAGUUCGAGGACAGCGACAGGAGGAUGAGGACGUUGAAGUGCAAAUACGGGAUCUCGCGCGUCCUCCAGCUCAGGCACUUGCCCAUGCUCAAGCAGCACUACCCGUCCACGGCCAUCCACUGGGCCACUGUCCUAAGUGGGAGGUAUAG